AAAGAAUCUCUUCUGUACCAGGAGGCGCAUCACCCGGGGGUGCUGGAGGAGCCAAGAGAAGGGGGAGGAAGGAUCUCUCACCUUCCCCCCAGAUGAGAAGAUCAUGCCAUGGCAGAAUUGGCGGCGACGGCCAGCAGCAGCAGGGGCGGCAACGGGAGGCACGGGAGCAGCAGCAGCAGCAGCAGUAGUAGCAAUAGCAGCAACAACCCUGCAGCAGGGGCGGCGGCGGCGGUAGCAGAGGGAGAAGGAGGAGAUGGGGAAGAAGGAGGAGGAAAAAGAGGGGAAGGGGCAGCGGCGGCUGUGAACUCCCAGGAUGAGGACUACGAGUGCAAGAUCUGCUACAACUAUUUCGACCUGGACCGGCGGGCCCCCAAGCUUCUGGAAUGCCUGCACACCUUUUGCCAGGAGUGCCUGAGCCAGCUGCAAGUCCGUGGGGCUGCCCAGCAGGAGCGGGAGCUGCGGGAGCAGCAGCAGCAGCAGCGGCCGCCACCGGCCCCUCCGCCCUGGCGCCCGGGACCAGCGGAGGGUGCUGAAGCAGGGGGUGGGCCGGAAAGCCCUGGUCCUAGCUCCUCGGGCCUCGGGGGCAUUGCCUGCCCAGUGUGCCGCCAUCGCACCGCCCUCCCAGACAGUCGCGUGCACAGCCUGCCCAACAACACCAAGUUCGCCGAGGCCUUUCCGCUGUACCUGCGCGCUGCGCAGGAUCCGCUCCCCCAGGACAGCCUCCCACCGCUGCCGCUGCCACUGCCCCAAUCCCGGCGCCCCGGGGGCGCCCAACCGCACCACUCCCCGCACGACCACCCUCACAGCCACCACCCCCAUCACCACCACGCCCAUCCCCACCCGCCCCCACCGCUUCAGCCGCGGGAGGAGCCGGCCGGCGGGGCGGCCGCAGCCCCGGAGUCCGUUCCGGCCCCAGCCCAGGCCCCGGUGCCCCUCGGCCGCGGCGGUCUCAGCUCCUCUGCGGGGCCCGCAGGAGGAGGAGGAUACGAGAGCUGCCAGAACUGCAAGCGGGCGGCGCUGACAGCGGGUUGCGUGUGCGUGGUCUUCUCCUUCCUUUCCAUGGUGGUGCUGCUCUUCACCGGCCUCAUCUUCGUGAACCACUACGGCGGAGGCGGAGGCGGGGGUGGCGUGCCGGGGACAGCCCCUGGCACUACACCGGGCGGCUCGCCGUCGCCGUCGCCCGUGGGGCCCAUCUGCCUCUCGGUGGCCAGCAUCCUGGCCUUGUUCUCUGUCGUCGUCACUUGGGUCAUCUGCUGGCUCAAAUACCGGCCCGAAGGGGCGGCCGGGGGCUCGGCUGCAGCCGCCUCGGCUGGAGGCGGGGGCAGCGGCGGAGCUGGAGGAGGAGGAGGAGGUGGAGGAGGAGGAGGCGGUGUCCCCCGGGGCCGGGCUGCGGCCACUGCUGGUAGCCGGAGGAACAACACGUAA